UUUCUUUCACAAUAAGCGUUUCAUUUCUCUGUAAAUUUCGAUCAUUCAUUGAAAGGUGAAGAACCAGAAUCAUUACUUAUGGCCCGCACGAAGCAGACAGCAAGGAAAUCGACAGGGGGAAAGGCCCCUCGAAAGCAAUUGGCAACAAAGGCGGCUCGCAAAUCCGCCCCUGCAACAGGCGGAGUGAAGAAGCCACAUAGAUUCAGGCCUGGCACCGUGGCCCUCCGAGAGAUCCGAAAGUACCAGAAGAGCACCGAGCUUCUCAUCAGGAAGCUGCCUUUUCAGCGGCUGGUUAGGGAAAUAGCGCAGGAUUUCAAGACGGAUUUGAGGUUUCAAAGCUCUGCCGUUUCGGCUCUGCAGGAGGCGGCAGAGGCUUAUUUGGUUGGACUGUUUGAAGAUACGAAUCUGUGUGCAAUUCAUGCAAAGAGAGUCACCAUUAUGCCCAAGGAUAUUCAGCUUGCACGCCGUAUCCGGGGUGAAAGGGCUUAAUUUUCCUCCAUUUCUUGUUCUCUGUGAGAAAUGUGCCUGGGGUUUAUCUUGAUUAUGCUCUGUUGUUGCUUGGUUUGUAUAAUGCUUAUUUGUUUUUAAGCAUUGAAAUGUUAAAAAUUUAGAUUUGCGAAAUAUAAGCACUGAUUAAAGAUGUUUUGAAUGCGAGA